AAAUCCCUGGCCCUUGUUUGGAUUUUUUUUUUAAUACAGGGUCUCACUCUGUUGUCCAGGCUCAAACUUCCUGAGCUGAAGUGAUCUUCCUGCCUCAGCCUGUGGGCAGCAGGGGCUACAGGCACUGCCACCACACCCUGUGGGAGCUUUUCCUGAGUUGCUGUCAUCCAUCCCCGUAAUGCACCCAGCACUUGGUCUCUGCACUGCCCUUCCCUGCACUGCUGCUCCGCUUGCUUGUGGCCUCUUCUGCCCUGCAGGUGCCCUAGCCCCUACAGGACACUGCUUAGGCUUUGCCUUUCCGUCUGGCUGCUGGGCAGUCCAGCUUCUUUACGAAACAGGGGUGGUGCUGCUAGCAAGUGGGGGUUUAGGAAUUUUAUGCAUUCCCCUGAUGAGUGAGCUCUUACUCAGUCUUUAAGUGAUGUCACAUUUACUUGUGCCUGCUGUCACAAUGGUUCCUGGAAUUCCUGAAGCAAGGGAGCCAGUCACAGAACCAUGUGCUCCUAGUCCUGAUGACGUGGGAGGCUGAGGCAGGAGGGUCACUGAAGCAUGUGGACGAGUACAUCGCCAUCGCCAAGGAGAAGCACGGGUACAACAUGGAGCAGGCUCUUGGGAUGCUCUUUUGGCAUAAGCAUAAUAUUGAAAAAUCAUUGGCUGAUUUGCCCAACUUUACCCCCUUCCCAGAUGAGUGGACUGUGGAAGAUAAAGUCUUAUUUGAACAGGCCUUUAGUUUUCAUGGGAAAACUUUUCAUAGAAUCCAACAAAUGCUUCCUGAUAAAUCUAUAGCAAGUCUGGUAAAAUUUUACUACUCUUGGAAGAAGACAAGAACUAAAACCAGUGUGAUGGAUCGCCAUGCUCGGAAGCAGAAGCGGGAACGGGAGGAGAGUGAGGAUGAACUGGAAGAGACAAAUGGAAGUAACCCCAUUGACAUUGAGGUUGAUCAAAACAAGGAAAGCAAAAAGGAGGUGCCCCCUGCUGAGGCAGUUCCUCAGGUGAAAAAAGAAAAACACAGCACACAAGCUAAAAACAGAGCCAAAAGGAAACCUCCAAAAGGGAUGUUUCUUUCUCAAGAGGAUGUGGAGGCUGUUUCUGCCAACGCCACUGCUGCUACCACGGUGCUGCGACAGCUGGACAUGGAGCUGGUCUCCAUCAAGCGACAGAUUCAGAAUAUUAAACAGACAAACAGUGCUCUCAAAGAAAAACUUGAUGGUGGAAUAGAACCAUAUCGACUUCCAGAGGUCAUUCAGAAGUGCAAUGCGCGCUGGACCACGGAAGAGCAGCUUCUCGCCGUGCAAGCCAUCCGGAAAUAUGGCCGAGAUUUUCAAGCAAUCUCAGAUGUGAUUGGGAAUAAGUCAGUGGUACAGGUCAAGAACUUUUUUGUCAACUAUCGACGCCGCUUCAACAUAGAUGAAGUUUUACAAGAAUGGGAGGCAGAACACGGUAAAGAAGAGACCAACGGGCCCAGCGCCCAGAAGCCUGUCAAGUCCCCAGAUAACCCCAUCAAGAUGCCUGAAGAGGAGGACGAGGCUGCCUCUGUCCUCGAUGUCAGAUACGCGUCCGCCUCAUGAGAACACUGGUAGCCUUGAACACUUGGUGUGGACUCCGUGCUAUCCAGGGUAUCAGGUAUUAUGAGACAUCACCUAGCCAUCUGCAUCACAUCUCUGUGACAGCAGCUGUUACCAAAAAGGCGUGCACUUCAGUUCCGUGCUCAUCUGCCUUAACCCGUUGCUCGCUCCUCCAUGUCGGCACCACUUCCCAGAGAGUUCUGUUGCAUCUCUCACUCUGCCUCAGUGCUGGGGACCCACACCUGUACCCCCUCGACGCGGACCCACCCCCUACUUGGAGCCCUAUGCCCCACCAAUGGCAGCUCUUACCCAUCAGCAGCUUCGGAACAGGGGGUCUCAGAAGGCUCGACUCUGUUCCUGCAUGACCUGCAAUUUCUACUUUAUGCAUAAUGUCAUUUCCAGAAUAACUGACCCAGUUGGCUUUCUAGAAAGUUCUUGUUCUUUUCUGGGCAGCCACCUAAGUACUACCAGGCUUCUUUUGAAGUCACCAUACAUUGGCAGACGGCAUUGUAACCUUAUUGUGCCAAGCAUCCUGAUGCAACUCAGUUCCCCAAGUAUAGAGUGGAAUUAUGGUUCAUAAACUUAGUUGGCUUAAAUCUCUCCCCUUUCUCCUUUCCCAAGUGUUUAAAAGCUCAUCACAGCAACUGUCCUUGGACACUAGCUUACAGGGAAUAUUAGACCUCAGCGCUUUCUGCCUUCAGCCUCAGCAUUGCAGUCCCAGGGUGGGUGCGCCCCAUCUUUUUCUGAUCCCCGACCAUCACCGCUGCCGCCCAGCUCCGAGAGAUUCGGUCCAUAUCACUGUACCUGGUGCUUGUACACUCGGAAUUGGUGCCUUCUCCUCUUGGCAACCAUGUUAUAUCGCUCCCUUUUUCUGUUCAAGUGUCUUACUUAAAGUUAUUGCUUGCCAAAGAUGAUGUCAUCGAGGCAGAUGGGGUAUGCUUCUGCCCGCUCCAGCAGUGCCCACGUGAGACGCCAGCCUAGCGCUGGCUAAUGGGUUAGAAGAGCUGCUGCUGGGUUUAUGGAAGUGUCACCCGUCGUCCCUGUCCUCAGUGUGCCUGGCCUGCUGUGCGUCACUCCAUGUGCCCCUUUAUGUCCCUCUAGUGCUGUUGUGGUGACACAGACACCAUUCCCUGCUCUUGGUAGCAGAGCGCGAGACAGAGAAGUAGUCAUUGUGUGGUCCAGUGAGACCGAGGAGAGAAGAAAACGGUCUACAGAGUGGCCUGUGAUGCCUUUUGGUUAGAUGGGGAGCGGACAAGCUUUCUGAUGAGUGUGCUAGGGUUUCCUGGGUCUUUUUGGCCUGUGAGGCGCAGACAGCCAAGCUGUACCUGGCACCCACGGCCGCUGCAGAUGCACUAAAGAUGUGGAAGGAGAUUUGGUGGUUGUUUGCAUCAUUUGAAUAUUUUUUUCCUGCUUUUAAUACCAAAAAGAAAAAAAAGUACAGAUGCUUUAAGGCAUAAACAGAAUUCUUAAGGAUUUUAAAUAUGCAAUUAAAAAUUUGAUGUUUUGACUCCCAAGCACCUUGCUUUUUUUUUUGGUCAGCUGAUUUUCUCUUUAGAAAGAGGCUCAGCUAGGACCCUGGGUUUUGGGGUUUGUACAUUUCGUUUUUGACAUCUAGGGAAAGGUCACUCCAAAGAGGAGUGCAAGGACUUGUCCCACACAGCGAGUCCACUGGCCAAGGAGAGCCUGCUGUUCCCACCUUUGGCACUGGGCAGGUUUCUGUGUCCCCGCAGGCCUGCUAUGGGACUGAGUGACGAUAGAAAAGAACUGGCUCACAAGAACACCGAGGCCCUCACCGUGGCCUCCGUCCUCUUGACUGGACACACGCCCUUGUUCUUGGCGAGGGCAGCAGCAGCAGCCAGCACUGCAAGGGGGCAGUGUCACCCCAUCCCGCCCCUCCCCAUGUUCCCCUAAGAUGUGAGCCCUUCCAGCAGAGCCUAGAAAUGAUGCUUGGCUGCAGGUGGCAUGGUGGCAGGUCCCAGUCUGUGCUGUGUUGUCCCGGUCCCUGGCACUGGGCAUCCUCAGGCUCGAGGCUGCUCAGCUGGAGCUUGCUCUGCAGUGUGGCCUGCCUGCUGGCCUCCCCGGAGGCUGUGCAUCUGGGAGCACUGAACCUUAGACGCUGUUCCUUACACUGUUUGGCAGUUGUGUAAAUGCAAGAAAUCACUUUGCUUCAGAAGCCAGGUUGGAUGCUCUCUGGUCUUAUUUAUGUGAAGACUCUUUAAUAUACCAAGAAUCAUGCAUCAGUGGGCUAGGUUUGGGACACGAUGACUGCUUCGGGUGGAAUGUCACUUAAGCUUUGUGUUCUUAAAAAUUAUCAAUGUGAAUGUCAUAAUUAUAUAUAUUUUUGUGGAAAAAUUCUCCUAAGUAUAAGUUAUUGUGCAAAAUAUAGUAUCAUGGAUGCAAAGAAUAGUUUAAUUUUUAGUUUAGAAAUUCUAAAAGAUAUAAAUUGUAUUGAUAUGCAUUAAAAGUUUGUUUUAUUUAAUUUUAUGUAAAUGUGUAAAGUGUUAGGUAAAAUUGUUUUCCUUUAUCCAUUUAACACUGCGUUACUUGAAUGUUGUGUUAGCUGGUCAGCAGCGGCGGGCAACCGGCUCCCCAGUGCAACUCCUUGAACCAGGAGGCCCCAGCCUUGGUCGCCUGCUGGGGCCGGCAGGUGCUGGUGCGCGAGAGGCUAGAGGGUGGUUGGCUCCCCACCCCCCCGUGCUGUCGGGGCCCUUGGAGUGAUUCCUACUACUUCCUACCUUCUAAGGCCCGCUGGCAGUCAGCUGGCAGUCGCAGCCUCUAAUGCAAAACAACAACGAAGCAGUUCUUUCCUGUUUAUGUUAAAUUUCCUCUAAUAUCCCACACCACUCUUAAGUGUGCUCAUUGUCACUUUAAAUUUCAACUCUACCCUAUUUUUGUCUUUCUGAAUAUCAGAUGUACUAUUGGUAUAAUUGCACACCAAAAAGAAGCCAAACAGUGCAUUACACUAACUGGAUCUCUGCUUUUACACGAGAAAAGGAAAGAUGGAG